UAGAGGUCAGUAAGUCCUAGCAUAGUCACUGCUGCUUGCCAUUUCUAGUAGUGGCGACAAAACUUUUAUACUAGGCAAUCCUAGCAUCAUGACACGUGUGGAGGUGGCAGUACUGUUGGUAUGCGUGCUGGUGAGUGUGGUCGGUGCGUACCGCCCGUACUGCCCGUGUUACGCGGAGCCGGGGUACAAGUGCCCGCCGGCGCCCCAGGACUGCGAGCUCACCAGGGACGAGUGCGGCUGUUGCGACGUCUGCGCCGGGUUAGAGGGAGAACCGUGCGGUACCGGACUCCCCAGCUGUGCCGGUGGUCUGACGUGUGUUCUGGAGGAGUGUAACCCAGAGGUUGUUGACGUCACGCUAGCGGACGGAACUGUGACUCAGCAGAUUUCCCAGCCGCCAUGUUUGUUCCUCCUGCCGUACUUCCAGAGGGGGGAGUGCCAGAAAGAUGACACAGCCGUUCCAGCUAAACGGCAGGCCGUCCCGUUCGGGGGAGAAUCUUGCGAGGUUGACGGCGUGACCAUCCCAAACGGAGAGUUUGUUCACGUGACCCCCUGUAAACCCUGUAACUGCUACAAUGGUCAGCCCAUCUGUACACACAUCGACUGUCCGUGGGGCUGGCUGCAGUCCACCUGUGCCCAGUGGGAGUACCCAACUGACCAGUGCUGCCCAGUCUGUGUCCAGCAGCUUGUUAACGAGAUUCCAUCAAUACCCGUCGCCUCCAAAAGACAGGCUCUUCCCGGUGCUGGAGCUUCUUGCGAGGUUUCGGGUGUGACAAUCCAGGAGGGAGAAUUCGUUGAUGUCACCCCGUGUCAGCACUGUGGCUGUUACAACGGACAGCCGAUCUGUGCUAUCGUGGACUGUUUCUGGAGCCCCAGCUGUUCCCAGUGGGUCUACCCUGAGGACCAGUGCUGUCCCGUGUGUGUACAGGAGGUACAGGUACACCUACCGGUGCAGAUGGACAUGCGUGUCGAAUCCCGCUCGUGUGUAGUGGACGGAGUGACUAUUGAAGAGGGGGAGUUCGAGGUGACUGACGAUUACGGCUGUACCGAGUGUGGCUGUACCGGCGGACAGCCGCUGUGCUGGUCCAUGGCGUGUGCGCUGGACGUCAACUGUGCGGAGUGGCACCGUGUUCCCGGCCAGUGCUGUCCCGUCUGUACAGCAUACCACAAUCACCAUAUCGUAGAGAUACCCAUGGUCUCCAAACGCACCUCGCCCGUCCGUCCCGCGACAUGUGAGGUCCAGGGAGUGACCAUUGCUGAAGGGGAGUGGAGGCCGAUUGACGAGAACGGCUGCACCACGUGCGGGUGCACCAACGGUCAGUCCCACUGUCUGGCGAUCGGCUGUGCCUUACCCGCCAACUGUCUCCAGACGGAACAGGUCCCCGGCCAGUGCUGUCCGGUUUGUACCAGUACCGGCUGCGAAGUGGGCGGAGUCAUGAUUCCGGAGGGGGGGUCUGUUGACGUCACGCCCUGCAAACACUGCACGUGUCACCACGGACAGCCGGUCUGUGCCAUCGUGGACUGUUUCUUUCACGGCGCCUGCGCACAGUGGGAGUACCCUGAGGACCAGUGCUGCCCCGUGUGUGUGCAGGAGGCCGUGCCGGAAAUCAUCGACCUGCCUGUGGCUUCUCUAUCUCAGAGAGAUAGCAACGACCAGUCCUGUGUGAUCAGCGGGGUGACUGUACAGCCGGGACAGUGGUAUCCGAUAGACUCGUACUUCUGUAUCCAGUGCACCUGCUUUGAGGGACAGCCCAGGUGUGUGGACUACUCCGGAUCAUGCGGCCCUAUCAUGUUCGGCUGUCUCCACCAGGCCCAGAUGCCGGGACAGUGCUGUCCAGUCUGUCUGUUCUACGGACGUGAAUCUGAACAGACACCGGCCAUAGCGGAUAAGACCAAGCGUCAGCCCUGAUGUCCCCGGGAUUGUGUCCGAGUGACCUGACAUCAUUUCUCUCAACAGUCAGACUUCUGAGAAACGUGAAAGAAGUAAUACAUUUUGUUGGGAAGUGA